AUCACCCAAUCAGGACGGCGCAAUAUGGCGGCGCGACAAGUAAUGGUAAGGCCGUGGUGGCGCUAAUUUUACCGAUUUUUAUUUGUUUUAAUCACUGUUGAUUGUUAAAACUUAUCCUACGGACGCGUUACAUGUCCAGGAUUCGGAAAAGCACGUAUAGUUCGGAUAUCUGACCUAAACGUCGCGCUGGCGGGGAGAAAAUAGACGAUGAACGACAUUGGAAAUUUGAAAAUUCCGCCUGACCUGCCGCCAGAAAAGAUGGCGGCCGCGGCGCCCGAUUCAUUCCCUGCCUGCAAGAUUCCGUGCCUUCUCAGCCGGGAACAGCUCCAAAAACUCUGCGAGAAGGAGGAACUGAGAUUCAACGACUACGCAGGCCCCACCUGGACGGAGCUGGCCGUGGACAUGAGGAAAUUGGGCAUGAAAAUGGACGUUAUUUUCCCCGAGAUGCCCAACAUUGACUGUAUAACUGUGCUGGACACUCCCAGCCCCUCCUCCGCAUCGUCUGUCAGUCUCACCGCGACUUCGAGUUCCGGGAACAACAACGCCAAGCUGCCCAAGACGGCCAUGCUCAAGAAACGACGUGUCUUAGACGAGGAGUUCGAAGUGGAAGAGAUCCUUGACUACAAGCGUCGAGCGGGGCAGGACUAUUACUUCAUCAAGUGGCAGGGCUGGCCUCCAUCCUACAACACCUGGGAGCCCAAAGAACACCUGCAGUGCUCCAAACUCAUGAAGGAGUAUCACCAAAACUUGAAAAGGAAGAAACUCUCCAGAAAAAACAAGAGGCGCAAAGACCAGCAUCAGUUCAGCGUCUUCAUGCCGCUGGUCGCAAAGCCCCUCUUCCCUCCCCUGACCGAGGACACUCUUGCCAAAUUCAAACAGAAACAGAGUCUCCUACUCUGGCAGGAAGAACUCAACAGGAAGUGCACAGAUCCAGGUAGGAUUGUCGUCGAAAACCAUGUUGACCUCGAAGGCCCGCCGCCGAACUUUAUCUACAUCAAUGACUACAAGGCGGGGGAGGGGGUGGUUAUACCCGAAGACCCCCUGGUCGGCUGUUCGUGCUCAGACUGUUUCGAGAGCCAGGACGCCUGCUGCCCAACUCAAACCGGUGCCAAAUUUGCGUACACGAAGACGGGGAGAAUACGGUUGCGUCCAGGGAAGCCCAUCUACGAAUGCAACAAGAGGUGCAGCUGCGGCCCCAAGUGCUCCAACAGGGUGAUACAGAAGGGACGGCUGCACAACAUGGCCAUCUUCAGGACUGCCAACGGCUGUGGGUGGGGCGUGAAGACGCUGCAGAAGAUCAAGAUGAACACCUUUGUCAUGACUUAUGUCGGGGAGGUAAUCACUAACGAGGAAGCAGAGGAGCGUGGGAAGGUGUAUGAUGAGAAUGGGCGCACCUACCUGUUUGACCUGGACUACAAUGACGAGGACGCCCCCUAUACUGUAGACGCUGCAGUCCAUGGCAACAUCUCCCAUUUUGUCAACCAUUCUUGUAACCCCAACAUGACAGUGUACAACGUGUUCAUCAACUGUCUGGACCCCAGGCUGCCUCACAUCGCCCUGUUCUCCAACAAGGACAUUGAAGCAGGGGAGGAGCUCACCUUUGACUACCUCAUGUACAAAGGUGACUCCAGUGAUGAUGACACCUCCCACCCCAGCUCCCCCAUGACUCCCUUUGUGAGCCGAAGUCCCAUCAAGGACCAGUCCACAGAAGGGAAGAAGGAUAAAGAGCGGGUCCCCUGCAGAUGUGGGGCAGAAAACUGCCGUAAAUAUCUGUAUUAGAAAGGAGGUCCAUAGAGUAGGCAAAGUUAGUGAGUAUAUGAAGGGGGAAAAGUAAUUGAGAUUUGAUAUUUAAGACUUGCCCGGCCUAAGUAUGAGUAAUGUGUACUUUGACAGAAUUUUCCUAUUUGUUGUACUUGAAAUAUCAAAGUGUUUUCACUUACUUUUUUUUUACUUAGACAAGUGUACAUGUCAGCCAUAGUAUCAUUGUAGUUGAUAAGGAAGCAGUUGUCAUGUCAAGUCAUAUCAGACAGUGUGUGUUACUUGUACAACCUAGGAGAUUACCCACCAGCCUUAAUGUACAAAUUUUUGUAGGUUGCCCUCUUUGCAGGUUGCAUACAUGCUUUGCAUGCUUCUGCGAGGAUGUACUUUGAUCUGACCAAUGAAGGCUAUUUGACCAAUAUGAUAGCUAAGAGUUCUUGCCCUUUUUUUGAGAGUGAAGAAAUGCUUUCUUGGUGUGAUAUCCUGUAUUCUAACAUCUAGAUUGUCGUGAUAGUUCUCUGGCAUCUUCUGUCACGCAGGGACUCCUAUGUCAAAAGUAGGUAACAUGUACAUAAGAUUUAAGUUUUAAGGAAAUGUUAUUAGAUAAUUUCCUGUCCUUCCCAAUCCAAGGACAGGUUUUAAGUACAAGUUCUUGUGUUAAGGCCACAGUUGUGGUCAGUAUGUAACUUUUUUUACCUUGUUUAGUGAUGUCAAAAAUCCAUAUGAAAACAGACCUGCUAUAGCAGACCAGUGCAACAUACUGUGGACUAAGUCGAGUGUUGUGCUAGUAGCUCAGGUUUAGUACUUGAUAUUUGAUGAGAUAAUGGCCUAUUAUAGUAUUAAGAAGAUAGAUUUUCUGUAGACGCUAUGUCUGCUUCACAGUAAUCAUAUGUUAAACACAAAGCGAAACCUGCUGAACUUUCCUUAUUUUAUCUCUCCCCUAACUGUAUAAGAUUGUAUUGUGAUUGUGACAUGCCUACAGACAUUUGAUAUACACGUGUAUUUACUUGAUGUGAGCACUGCCAGCCUCUGUGUGGAUAAAUGUAGUCAUCCAGCAAACUUCAUCCACACAGCUUACAUGUAUGACAAUAAUUAAAAUGUUUCAAGG